GACGACACUAUGCGGAUGUCCCACCUCAAAGUGGGCUCUUCCGCCGAUAUCCCCUUGAACAUCACGGAGACGGAUCUGAGCCAGCUGACGGCCACUGUGGUCCCGCCUUCUGGCCGCGAAGAGCCUUGUCUGCUGAAAAGACUGCGCAAUGGUCAUGUUGGGAUUUCCUUUGUCCCCAAAGAGAUCGGGGAGCACAUCGUCAACAUCAAGAAGAACGGGCUGCACAUCCCGAACAGCCCCAUCACGGUGAUGAUCAGCCAGUCGGAAAUCGGGGACGCCAGCCGUGUGAGGGUGUCGGGCCCAGGGCUCAGCGAGGGCCGCACCUUUGAGCCGUCCGAGUUCAUCAUUGACACGAGAGAUGCCG